UGCUAUUUGAAUUGUGCAUCACCACUUAUUUCUCCAACCACCACCACCACCACAACUACUACAGUGGCAACAACGAUGUCCAUCAUUGUAAGACAAAAACAACAGCAACAGCAAAUGCAACAAACGCAACAAACAUCAAAAAUUAACAAACCAAUUCAAGAAACUUGGACCUUACAUACAGUUUCAAUGUUGCAACAAGACUCAUUGGUACUCGUCGACAUCGCCUGGGAUGCUCUAAAUACACCCAAUCAAUGUUUAAUCAGCUGGGAGGUAUCUGGUGGUGGUUUAAUGGGUAAUCUCUUAACUGAGUCAUCAACUGUGCAACUAUCAUUGUGGCCCGAUACCAAAUAUCGUGUUAAGGUCACCUGCAAAAAUAAGCUAACCGGUUUCAUGUCCCGUUCGCUGCCGCUGAGCAUCGACACAUCCGAAGCCGUGAAUGCACACGAUCAUACCGGUCAACAUAAGACCCAGUCACCUAACGCCGAAAUCACAUCAGUUUCCACCACAACAGUUGGCACCAAAAUCUUUACUCCCUAUAGACAUGAACAGCAACAACAAUUUCAGUCGCAACAAAAUAUCGCCAACAAUGCACUUGAACACAUGAAUGGUGGCGUCAAUGACGAGGACACCGACAUCUCAUCUCACUCUAACGGUUAUUUGGCCGAUGUGGAUAAUGCCGCCGUGUUGCCAUACGAUGAGCACGAUAAUGAAGAAGAUCAAUCGGCAGAAGCUUUGAAUAAACACACCAAAUUCAUUUUCAAUUGGCACUCGGAGAACAGUGACAUUAGUCUGAUUGAACCCAUACACAAACCUGAUCUCAAUAUGCUGCAAUUGGCCAUCGAUGAUGUGCAGAAACCCUUCCUCUUUGGCUUAACUGCUGGCACUGUUAUGCUUGGACUGGUGGCGCUUGCGCUGCGUUGUAUGUUGCGUCGCCGGCGUUCGGCGUUGGAGAAAACUAUGCUAAUCACAGACGAUACAAUACACGCGGUGGUGUCCGUGGCACCGGCUGAGGUAGCCAUGCGUUAUGCCAAUAACAAGGCGGCGGCACGUAAGGCCGUAGAGGGUGGCAAACAUGGUUGUGGUGGAGGAGGGAGCGGUGGCGUCCCGGCUGGUACAUUAGGUGCAACGUCACUGGCAUAUCAGCGUCACAGCGAUGAAGAGGAGGAGGUCUGCGAGCGGCAACGGGAGCGCGGCAUGGAGGAGGUGUGUAGUAAUCCCGCGAUUUGCUCGAGAAAUGCGCUCAAAGUGUAAGUACGUGGAAAUGCAGAUGAAGGGUUUUGGUGGGCACUGAAGGGCAGGGCGGAUGAGUAACGUGAAUUGAUUGAGAUUACAACAGGAAUUAUAAAGUUACACACACACUAAAAAUGGAUAAAAGAAAAAGAAAAAUAAAAUAAGAACAACAAAGUGGAAAAUAAAUAUAUAGUAAGCUUGAUUUGGGUUAGGAGUGCAAAAUAAUAAAAAUGAAAAUUAAAAAAAAAAUAUAUAAAUUAUCUUCAGUAGGGUAAGCAGCAUUAAACUAAGUAAACAACUAUUAUUAUGUAUGUUUAGAUUAAGCGAUAAACUCCAUUUAAUAUCUUAUUAUAUAUAUAUAUAUAAAUAACAAAAAUAGAUGUUCUCGUUUCAUGCCACAUUUUUGGCAAUUACUUUUUGAUAGACAUAACCUAUAUUUAAGCAAACAUAUGUAUUUACCUACAUACAUGACAAGCAAGCAAGCAAACAAACCAACAACAACAAAAUUUAUUGUAGCUACGAGUAACUCAUUCAUAUUCAAACGCAUUUUGGCUAAACAAAUCAAUAUUCAUUCUAAAUAAACAUACAUGUGUUUGUGUUGCAACAUUUAUUGCAUUUGUGUGUGUUGCCAAGUUGAAAUUUUGAAAUUUUGUGGUGCCUCCACAGAUAGUACAUGUCUUACAAAUAUACAUACCCCAAUUUGCAUGUACAUAUAUGCAAUAUAUGUGUAUAUAUAUAUAUAUAUAUAACUAAUUAGUAGUAAGCCUGGUACAUAUGUAUAUGUGUAUAUAUAUGUAGAACUGCAUAAUACAUUAUUUACAGUCAGUUGAUUGCCUUUAUUUGUGUUUUGUAUUUGAAUGCUACAAUUACAUGGUUAUGACCGUUAGUUUAGUGUAUGAAUGAUUCAGCUCUUAAUAGCAAUACAAAUGGCAAUACAAAUGUAUGUAUGUAGGCUUCUUGAGUGUUUGUGAGUGUGAGCUUGUACAACUUUAGCUAUUAGGAAUUCCAGCUGACAGCUGAGUGUUUGUAUGUUAGUUGAGAAUGACAGACAGUGAAAGAGAGAGAGAGAGAGAGAAGGAGAGAAAGAGUUAGUGUGAGCGUGAAAGAGCAUGAAGAAGGUAACUCAGUUUCCUGAGUUAACAUCUGUAUAUAAGAACUAGUAUUAAAUCAUUUAAAUUGUUAUAAAAUGAGCAUGCAAGCAGUUGGCGUUUAAACUUAUGUUAAUUAAACUUACAUUUAUAUUUUCCAGCAUUUUUGAAUAUUUUCCUUGACUGAAAUGAUACUGUGGCUCUAUAAGUUGAUGUCUGAUGUCCAUUCAGUCCACGAGACACAGCCAGAGCCUCAUAGCAUCACAAAAGACCACUACAUCAGCCGCAUGGUGUCGUAAAAUAAGUCCACUUUGAUUUUUUCUUAACUUUACUAAACUACUCAUUUCCGUACCGGCUAUCAACGUCAUUUUGUUCUGCAUAAAAUUAGCAGUCUUCAUUACUGUUCUGCCUUUAGCGUUGUACAAAGUUGACUUAAAGUCUUGGUUAUCUUAAAUGACCCUCGGCUCAAAAAAGACCCCGACUUAGUAAAGAAAACACGUUAUUCUUUGUUCUAAAUUGGUUUUAUUGAAGUCCCAUUUUUCUCUCUUUUCCAUCGCGAGAGAGGUUGAGAGAGAGAAAGGGAGAAAGAUAGGUAGAAAGAUAAGUUUCUCAUAAUCUCCAUUAAGGGUACGAUUUAACUUUUGCUUCAAAAGAGGUCACAUUUUCAGUGAAAUAUGUUCUUGAAACAGCGAAACUCUGUACUGGUCAGCACUUGUCGAGGCCUGUGACCAGCCACAAAUAUUUUUCUGUGUCUAGAGGUGAGAUUGCCUGGCGUGAUAGCAGAACAUUCUCAUAUGUAGCUUCUGUCCGAGGCUUAAACUUUUGUAGUUUUUGAUAUUUCCAACUCAUUUGGGUGUUCACUGCAUUUGCAUUAUUUACUGGAAUUCUUAAAACACUUUUCGAGCUUUUUUUUAUUGAGCUUCAACGUUAUUUUUCCAAUCAAGGGGAAGAAAUUGAAUAUAAACUGUUUUUUAUCCAUCAAUUUCUACUUAGUACAACAACUCGCAAAUUAGUUUAGUAGAAAGUUCUGAAAAUUUCAAGACUUUCUUUUUAAACUCACAAAAGUAUUAAAUGCAAAAUAUCUACUGCGAACCGAUUUGAAUCCUUCUUGGGAUUUCAGUAUAAAGAUAGCCAACCAAAAUACUAAAAUUAAAACCUUAAAAUCCAUACUUUUUUGCCUCUGAAAAAAUUUACAAAAUUUUUAGACUCCAGGUAAAAUAGCUGAUUUACCUGAUUAUAGCUAAAAUAUCUUUUCUGUUCCGGAUAUCAGGUUUUGAUUCUUUCAAAUUCUGGAAAAAAUGUACAAAUUAUUCAUUUAGCAGGAUUUCAUAGUGUUUUUGGUCUUGUAGUCUGAUAUCAGUGCUUUUCAGUGAGUAAUAUGACAUUUUCGGGUACAAAAAUAUCCAGUUUUGAAUAUUCUAAGGUCAAUCACUUCGUUUUCUUUUUUUUAGUUAAACGCCAACUGCUAAUUUUUUGAUUAAAAUCUACCUUCAA